AUGCGCAGGUCCAGCACUGAUGAGUCGCCCUAUCACAGGAGCCCUUCCCUGGACAGCAAGGAUUACAGCUUCCCAAAUGGCACCUUCCCUCGCUACAGCACCAUGUAUGGUGGCCAGUGUGGAGCUGCCAGCAACUCUUUUUUUGGAUUCCACACCAACCCAGGCCCCAAGGCCACCAAGGCUAAGUACACGUCCCCCAAGGGAAACAAGUACGUUGUCUUUUACCUGGAUCUCUCGUUUAUUUUUCUCCUAGAACUGAAGAGGUGCAGCAUGGCUCACAACUGCCUGCAGUGUAUCAAGUACCUCAUGUUUGUCUUCAACCUCCUCUUCUGGUUGGGAGGCUGUGGAAUCCUUGGAGUAGGCAUCUGGCUGGCUGUUACCCAAGGGAACUUUGCCACCCUCUCCUCUUCUUUCCCAUCCCUGUCAGCUGCCAACCUGCUGAUUGUCACAGGGACAUGUGUCUUGGUCAUUGGCUUCGUGGGCUGCAUAGGUGCCAUCAAGGAAAACAAGUGCCUCCUGCUGAGUUUUUUUAUCAUGCUGUUAAUUAUAUUUCUGUUGGAGCUCACUGUUGUGAUUCUGUUCUUCGUCUAUACUGACAAGAUUGACAAAUAUGCUCAGCGGGAUCUGAAGAAAGGGCUUCACCUCUAUGGGACAGAUGGCAACAUUGGGCUGACCAAUGCCUGGAGCAUCAUCCAGACAGAUUUCAGGUGCUGUGGAGUCUCCAACUACACUGACUGGUUUGAAGUGUACAAUACCACCCGGGUGCCAGAUUCCUGCUGCUUGGAAUUCAGUGAGAACUGUGGGCUCCAUUCCCCAGGGACCUGGUGGAAAGCACCUUGCUAUGAAACAGUGAAAGUAUGGCUCCAGGAAAACUUACUAGCAGUGGGAAUCUUUGGAUUGUGCACAGCUAUUGUGCAGAUUCUGGGACUCACCUUUGCCAUGACCAUGUAUUGUCAGGUAGUGAAGGCAGACACCUACUGUGCAUAGAAACCUUUCACAAUCUUUCUGCUCCUCCUCCAAAGGACACGGGAGAAAUCAUCCAUCUGAUCUUUUUUUUUUUUUCCUUUGUACUAUAAACUGUGUCUAAUGCUAUCUUUCUGAAGAUUUUGUGAAUCACCCCUGUACUGAAGGAGGAAGAAAAAAGAAAUAAGCACUUGAAGUGGCCCAGGUAAGAAGCAGCCUUGUCCUUAACCAGAAGAAAACCAGCAGAGAGCAAUGGUUCCUCUGGUGGCUGUGGCAAAGGAAACUGCUUAUGAAGGACUGAUCUGCAAACUGAUGUUAGGAAAAGAUUGCACUGAGGCAACCUCUGUGAAACAUGACAGAUUGUCAUCCCACAUUUCAUGGUCCAGAAGAGAGGGCAGAGGCAAUGAGUAUUCCUCAGAAUGGGAAGGGGUCUGGAGUUGCCAUCCUGCAGCCCUGACAUCAAGUCUCUCAAGAUGAUUCUAGCCAGGAGAGGAUCAUCUUCAAAAAUAUGUUGUUCUAAAGGAGAAUUUUUUAAACUCAGCCACUGUGAAGUCAGGCUUUUAAUCAGAAUCUGUGCAGGGAGAUCUGACUGAUGAAGGAAACCAAUGCUGAGCAUUGUCUCAUUGCCAGUGAGUGGCAUACAGAUGGGUGACUCUCUCUGUAAUCUGUAUUUCAUUCAUAUCCACACCCUGUUCUGAAAGGAGGUGAAAAUACUCAGCAUCCAACCUCAGAAAGAGGGAACCUUUCUGUCCCCUGUUACAUUCCAACUGAAAUAAUCAAGUACUAUUUCUUGUAGGAGGCACCAUCAGUUAUACCUCUGGGAAACAAGUAAUUACUUUCAGCUGUGUCUCAUUUCAGUAAACAAAUUGUGAGUGGGCUCUCUCUGUCAUUUUACUGGGGUUUUAUUUUUUUAUCAUCCCUGGUUCAAGUUAGGCUGCCAGAAAAUAUCACUCAUUUCCACACCUGAAGAUCCAUCCGAAGCUGUCAGCUGUUCUUCCCCUAAAUGUCACCAUUUCAUUAAUUUACUCUGGGAUCUCAUCAUCUGCAGGUAUGAUAGAGUUUGCCUUGCUGAGGAAAAAUUCUUUUGCAUGUUAAUUAUUUUUCUCAGAGUUAAAGACUUCAGAUGAAUUCUUUUUUUUCUUUCCCCACCUGCACACUUACAACAGCCAAGUCUCUUGUUAGAACCAGAGUCAGCUCUCAGUUCUGGUUUCAGACCCCACACGUUCUUCUGGAAUUUGGAGAAAUCAAAUUCCUGAUUUUCCUUAGCCAGAAAGCAGCCCCUGUUGCCUGAUCUCCCCACUGGUAACUGCAGUAACUCCUCUGGUGUCCUCCUGUGCACAUCCUCAGGGAUGAGGUGAGGACUCAGAGGUUUCAUCUCACUCAAACACAAUUCCCCACCAGCAGGCAGUGCACAGGGAGAGGGGGAAGGGAGGAAGGGAAGAGGGCACAGGGAACGAAGAGGAUGAUGCAGCUGCUGAUCCUUCAGCCUCUGAGCAUCCCUCAGCCCCAAAGCCCAGAAGGAGCCAGCCCUGGUGCUGCUUUCCCCACCCUCUCAGUGCAGCCUGGGACUGGCUGGGGAGGCAAUCAGCAAGUGCAGGAAAAACACUGCCUUACACCUUUAGUAUUUGGAGCAGCAGGUCUCAGCCAGGAGUGACAUUUUCUUACUUUGAUUUCAAGGCAAUUUCCAGCAGUACAGUGGAGUCAGACCCAGCCUAUUGAACAAUCUCCUCAGCACCCCCAGGUCACCUUUUCUAGACCUGCACCACUGCCCAGUGACUGCUCUGACCUCUGCCUUCUGCUGAUUUUCUCCUUUUUGCCAAUUCCCUGCACUCUUCCCCCCCCUUCAGGCCCAAACUGCUUCAUGUUUUGAGGGGAAAUGCUUGGGGCAGUCUGGUCCUGAAGGAGCAGGUGGCUUCCAGACUCUCCCCUCUUAUCUUUGUGGAUUUCCCUCUGCAGCACAGGAGGUCCUGCAGGUGGAGGUGACAUCAAUGUGUCCCUUGUGCACAUGGCCUGGGGCUCCCCAGCACUUGUUCCUCACACCAACCUCAUCCCCACUGCAGGACUUUGCUGCCAUGCUAACAAACCCUGAGAAAUGUGAACAGACCCAAGACAGAGAUUAAACAGAGAGCAGCACACACAUGGAGACUCUGUCCCCCAAACAAGGGAUUUCAGUGUUACAGCCACAACCAGGCUGAUCUCUCAACAGCUCUGCUCUUUGGAAGAUGGUGAAAAAUCUCUUCCUUCCCUCUCUCCACUCUGUUCCUUUCUUCCCUCCAGAGAUCCCAUGAUUAACACAUACUGAGAAUUCUUGCUGUGGUUUAUAUACAGUUUGUACACACAAAAGCUCCCGCUGCCAGCUCAGUUUCCACCACUCAAAAGCUGCAGAGUGAUGAGCACAGAAACAC